GCAAAUGUUGGGGAGGAACCAGAAAUUUGUGAGGAUAAUGAUAGAGAUACAUCUUCUCAGGCUGAACACACCGAGGAACCCGGUGUAAGUGUUGAUGCGGGAGAUGUACCCAAUGUUGUUCCAGAGAGUAAAGUGGAUAACUCAGUACUUGAGGGCACCCCUAGUGAUCCCCCUUCACCAUUUGCAGUAGUUAAGAAUGUAAGCUAACUAUAUUUUAAAAUAAAAUAGUGUAGGCUUGUUUAAAUUUAUAAUCUUCUAUUAUGCAGGUGUUAUAGGAGUUGGCAACGAAAGCCUCCAUGGAUGUGGAUGCAGCUAAUGUAAAGGAGCAGGGGAUUAUCGACGGGGUGGAAGAACAAGAGGAUUCAAACCCAGGGUUAGAUGAAGCAGACACGACAGUUGGUACACUGAAAAAUAUUGAUGAACCAAACAACGAUGCUUCACUCGAAGCAAUAGCAGUUAAAAUUCCUACCCCGGUUGUACCCAAAAAAGUGAAGAAGCAAAUAAUUUUUGAGGUGGAUGAAGCCCUUCCGGAAGGUUUUAAGGAAACAACAGUCCUCGUGGAGGAUGUUCCUGGACGAGCUGAAGAUUCAGAGGUGGUUAUAGCGGCUGGAAAUGUCCCUUACAACCCCUUGGAGAAGGUUGAGGCUUCCAAAUUAGAGCUCUUAACCAAUGUCCUCCGCGGUCCGAAUGUGAAGCACACUCUUUUCGGGUAUCGCAAAGUGGACAACGAGUUUUUCUCCAUGCUUAUAGCACAAGGAAAGUGGGUGGAUAAUAUGGUCUUGGAAAUGCUCGCAAUCUUGAUGUGGCACAAGAACGGUCAACAAAUGAUAGCAAACCGAUGCGUUGUUUUGGACUCUUUCCUGCUUUAUGAGCUUACUAAGCGUGCUGUCAGCUUCAGGAAUUGUAUAAAUAAGCUUGGGUUCAAAUGGGGCGACCGGCUAUACGACAUGGCCAAUGGAAUACACAUACACCGUGAACCUAGUCGUAGAUGGUUCAAGGAUGUCGACGUGGUAUAUGCUCCGAUGAACUGGAAAGGUGAUCAUUGGGUUGGGUUGGCAAUCUACCUCAGAGCCCGGCAUAUAGUUGUCUAUGACGCUCUCAUAGAACACACGCGGGAGUCUGUUGCAUGGUCAAAGAUGCAGCCUGUCUGCGAGAUGAUGCCGUACCUAGUGAGAGCGAUGUGCGCGGAUGUAUUGCCUGAGAAGUACUCAGUUGAACCUUUUGCCUAUGAGAGAAAUGUGAUGGUCGCUCAAAACCCAAGUACAGGAGAUUGCGGGCCUUACGCAAUGAAGUUCUUGGAGUUGCUGGCGUUUGGUAACCCAAUGUCAGACUUGGUGAAUAUUCAAGAAGCAGAUAUGGCCUCCUACCGUCAGGUGUACGCAGCGGAAAUCUACGAGCACGGCAAGCGCAAGUGUAGUAAUCGGCGUUUAUUGUAAUCAUCCCUGGAUGUUGAAUUAUUAUUAUUUCCUAGUACUUAUUUCCUUAUUUUCAACAACCUAAUUAGAACAACGUAAUUAAUUAUGGAGAUCCUAAAAAUA